GAUUCUCUGCCCUCCCUCACGAGAUCCAGCUCGAAAAGUUUUUUUUUCCCUACCUUCUCCACGACUCGUCUUUGUUCUGUCCUCUCGCAUUCAACACCGUUGCCUCUUCGCUUUCCGACGUCCGCCGUACACACUGCGACCGUCUUCCCCCACAUCCUGACAACGCUGUGUAUUGUCCGAUCGCAUACCCCUCCACCCGUGAAGAUGGGAGGCUCUCGAAAUAUCUCGCACGGUCGCGGAGGCGCAGGCAACAUCUACUCCGCCGAAACCCGCACCUCGCCCAAAGACCUUGUCACCCCCACGAUCAAACAAGACGUCUUUACCACCGGUCGCGGUGGAUCGGGCAACAUGGUGGUCAACGAUCCGCAACACCCAGAGCUCGCGCGCGAGAUGCAGGACGUGGAGUCGCCACCUUUGCGCGUGGAAGACGCUCCGCAUCACACCGGACGGGGCGGUGCCGCCAACGCAUUCAUCCCUAGCGCCGAGGAGGAAAAGAAGGUGCGCGAGCAAGAGGAACAAUUGCGACGCGUUCGUACCGCAUCCCGAGAUCGCCUGAAGGAGCCCGAGCGUCGCGAAGGCAGUGAAAAGCGCGCCGAAUCUUCUUCGAGCUAAUGUGGAUCGGGCUCGACUGGCCCAAGGCUUGCAAUGAUCUGGAUCUGGAUUGCGCAUGUCGUAUUCAUUCGUUUCCCGAUGGAAUGAUAGGAAUCUCUCGAUGGGUCGCGGUACGAGAAACACCAAGGUCCAGUGUACUUGGUUUCACGGGCCAAAGUGCCGCUGGCGGUGCUUUAACAUACCGGCUAUCUCUUUGGAUGAGAUGCCUGCUGUAGUAUUUUGUCUGUUCCUGCGCGGCUGGCUUGUUCUUUUAUGUUCUGCCGUAAUGUUUUAAUGAUGCAGUCGGAUUUCUAAUAAUCAAUACCAAU